CUGUCGUCAUGACGUCAUCUUCUCCGACCCGAAUUAAAUGUAACGGACGUUAAAUUCGCCGUCGAAACUUUUAAAAAUUUCAGACAGCUCUGAAAUCGAAGCUUCUGCAGCAGGCGGAUAAUUGGUUCAUCAAAUCAAUUCCUGUAGAUUGCAAGUUCUUCUUCGACCAAGGCGGCAGCAUUUUGGAGUCCAAAAAUCAUGGAUGCUCGUCACGCAUCUCUAGGUCGACGAACGUUGGAAGAAAUUCGUCAGAAAAGAGCGGCAGAGAGAUUGAGCAAAGCCGCGUCCGGACCUGAUCUCACCCAAGUCUCCAGCUCAUCCCCUAAUGAUGCUGUUGGGUUGAAGAAAUCGGAGAGCGGAACCAGAUUGUCAGAGACUGAUAUUGGUGGCUUAGUAUCUCAAUUAAAAGAAAUGCAAAAGAGGAACAUGGAGCUGGAAGAAGUAAAUAGGACUUUGUACUCCAAGCUUCAAACUAAAGAGGUUGAGAGUGAGACACUACAAAAGCGGCUUAAUGAGCUGGAGCAGAAUACUGUACCUUCACUUAGAAAAGCUCUCAAAGAUGUUGCUAUUGAAAAAGAUGCAGCAGUUGUUGCACGGGAGGACCUGUCAGCCCAGCUUAGAAUGGUGAAAAAACGUUUAAAGGAAGCAGAAGAAGAACAGUACAGAGCUGAGGAGGAUGCAGCUGCACUCAGAGCAGAAUUAAAUUCAUUACAACAGCAAGCUCUGAGCGAUCUACCCAGUGGAAUCCCAACAUCAGGAUAUGCACCUGACCACAUAAAAGUCAUGGAAACUGAACUUUCUAAUAUAAAAUCUCAACUUGAGCAAGAGUCACAGUUAAGGCAGCAAGAGCGACAACAGUUAGCUGACGAGCAGGCCCGAGCAUCUGUCCUUAUUUUACAGAAGCAGGAAUUGGAAGAGAAACUUGCUGCAAUGUCCAAAAGGGUAACAGAUGAAGCAGCAGAAAAGCCAAACGACAAAGGGCUGUCAGCGGAAGAUAAAGAGAGACUGGAGAAGCAAAUGCAUGAUAUGGCAGUUGCCAUUGAGAGGUUAGAAAAUAGCAGGCAAAAGCUUUUGAUGGAGAUUGAUUCCCAGUCUUCUGAGAUAGAAAAGCUUUUUGAGGAGAACUCAAAUCUAUCAUCUGCUUAUCAAGAGGCCAUGGGAGUUGCUGUGCAUUGGGAGAACCAGGUCAAAGAUUGUCUAAAGCAAAAUGAUGAACUCCGUAGCAUGUUACAUAAGCUGAGAAUGGAACAGGCCAGUAGACCAACUUUGAAUGAUAAGGUGGGCAUUUCAGAAUCCACCAAAGAUGGCCAAGAUGAGAUGGCUUCAUCCACAUUUUCUCCCGAAAUCAUCUCUCUGAAAGCUCAACUUGUAAAUGAAAAAAGCAGAGCAGAGGGUCUAUCUGCAGAGGUGCUGCAGCUCUCAGCACGACUCCAGCAAGCUACACAAGCUUACAAUGCUCUUGCACGCCUCUACAAACCAGUCCUGCGGAACAUCGAGAAUAGUCUCAUAAAGAUGAAGCAAGAUGGCUCAGUUUCAGUGCAGUGAACAUAUCAGAGCUGUCUAGUUGUUUUUCUUAUACCAAACUGGAACGGAAGUGCUUAUUUUGUUAGAAAUGUCGUCGUUUUAGGAAAGGAAUGUUUUGAGUUAGCUGUAGGACGUGGGCAAUUGAUAAUUUUAGCCACACAAAAUUCUUUGAAUGAAUACGUUGUUCCAUACUCAUCGAUGUAUGCGACUAUAUUUUUCUUCCCUUUGGGUGACAGAGGUAAAUGAUUCCAACGUAAUUACAGACGUUACGGCGA